UGAAAAUCCGCCCGGCGCAAACUGGGAAAGAAAAACAGCGGCCACCGCCCACCAGCCCCAGUGUCACCGCCACCGCUCAUAGUCCAGCAGCUAGCGCCGACGACGCCAGCCGAGCGAGCGGUCGAUCGAGGCGUCGCAGAGAAUCUGCCCCCCAAACCAUCGCCGGCUACAGAUCGAUUGUGGAUUGGGCAACCUUUCUGCGAAUUUGGUUGUAAUCUGGGGUCUUGAGGCUAAUUACAGGAAUCUACUAGUCUACUGAAGUUCUAUAAGCUUUAGGCUUUUGGGCUGAGGUGAAUGUCUCAUUUGGGGUUUUGGAGCUGAAGGUACAUCAAUCCAACUCUUCAUGCAAAUCUGAGCUAGGUGAAGAUACAGAGCCUAAGUGGUGGCAGAACAUGGCUUCCUUGCCAUUGGCCACCGCCGAAGCAUGUGAUGCUAAUGCUGGUUUAAUUCUGAAUGGCGAUCUUCGUGCCCUCCAACCAAUCUUCCGUAUCUACGGAAGGCGGCAGAUUUUUGCUGGCCCUGUUGUAACACUGAAGAUCUUCGAGGACAAUGUUCUGCUGCGUGAGUUCCUCGAGGAGAAAGGUCACGAAAGGGUCCUGGUGGUCGAUGCUGGUGGGAGCAUGCGGUGUGCUGUUUUGGGCGGCAACCUCGCCCAGCUAGCACAGAACAAUGGGUGGGCUGGCAUUGUGAUCAAUGGCUGCAUCAGGGAUGUCGAUGAGAUCAAUGGCUGCGACGUUGGUGUCCGGGCUCUAAACUCGCACCCAAUGAAGUCGAACAAGAAAGGUGUGGGCGAGAAGCAUGUCCCUGUUACUUUUGCAGGAACCAGAAUAUGCGACGGUGAGUGGCUCUAUGCUGAUUCUGAUGGCAUCCUUCUCUCAACGUCGGAAUUGACCGUGUAGACCCGUUCCAUACCUUUAAUGCAUGUAUAUGAAUUGAGAGCUUAAAAGUAGGGCAUGUCUCUUGUCAUCUUGGUGUUAUAUAUCGUCUGAACUUUUCGUAACUAGUAUUUCUGUUGAAUCGCAUGACUACUGUGAAUAAUUCAUGCUUCCAUAGUUACUAA